GAGAGAGAGCUGAACAGAGAGGAGUCGCAUGAGUCAACUUGGUCAAUUUGGUUCACGAUAUCGCUAUGCUAUCGCGAAGAAGCGUUUUGCUGUUUCAAUAAAAAGAUACUUAAAUACAACGUGAGAGAAAAAGAGAAUAUUUGGAAUCUUUUUGAAAUAUCACUCAAGGGGGCGAUGGUGAAAGGCACGAAAGUGAAGAGCAGAAAUCUCCUUUAAAGUACAUCACAUUGAUAACGGCAGAUAAAACAGAUGUAACUGGGCAUUCGCGUGGGAAGGGCACGAUACAUACGAUACAAAAGACUGAGAGAUCUGAGAGAUCAGCGCGCGAGUGGCUGUACUAAUUGCCCUGUCGUAAUUGGGUUUUGUAAGGUUCGCGUUUGACUAAGUUCGGGGUCUAACGAUGAAGUGGUGCGUGUUGGUGUUGGUAUUCGCCGGUUUGACUAGGGGCGAUAAUGCCAUCGAUACGAACAACAUCUUCAAUUGUCCGGAUCUCAAUACUCAAGAUGAGAUAGACCUCGACAAGAUAAUGGACAAAUGGUACGUCGUAGAAGUACUGCAACACAAGGUGGACCCCACAAAGCCAGUGAAGACCAAUAUCAUUGUCAGCAAUGACCUUUGUCCGAUUGUGAAGUUGAGACCGUUUGAACAUUCUUCAUUGAAACUGUGGUGGAGUGAGGAAUCUGGAGACCUGGAAUAUACCUUCCGGAUACCAAAUAUUAGCACGAAAAAAGGCUUAUGGCGAAAUAUGUACCCGCAGAACGGUACCUUGGCGGAGAGGCCAGACUACAAGCAGUUCUCCGGCAGUGUGUACGUAAUGAAGGCCGUUGCUUCGGACAUGGUGUUGACUUUCUGCUCCCGGACUCCCGAUCAUCAGCUCUAUUCCCUCCUAUUGUCACGUGAGCACACUCUGCAGAAGAGCGACAAACGAGGCGUUCAUAAUCUCCUGGGACGCCGCGGUCUCAAGAUCACCGACAUCCGUGAGACUUGCGUGAACGGCGGCGCCAGAUCAAGACGGGGCGCGCUCGAUCUCGUCGCCUGGGUGAUCCUCGUCGGCCUGUUCUCGUCGAGCAUCCUCUUCAGAUCCUGGCAGUAGUGAAAUCAGACGGACGAUCGAUCGAUCUCGAGACGCUCAGAUCACCAGAUCGCGCCCGACUGUGUCUCGGACUAAUUAACGCGAUUAUACUAACACUUUGGAUGCUACCGCGCGAGUAAUCUCAGAACAUUACGCCGAGUUACGGAAAUCCGUUGACUGCACUCAACGUACACGUGUUACGUUAGUUACGUAUCUAAGAUGCCCUCGCGCCGAAUUAAAUAAUAAUUUUCCCAUCGCGAUAUUCAUGCGUAAUUUCAAGUUCUUGCACGGAACAAGUUUUAAUUACGUAUCU